AUGUCAUUAGCAAACUUACCAUUCUCCACAAUCACACACUUAACCCUACUUAUUGCCUACACUUUGGCCGUAUUAGUUUCGCCGACAGUGGAGUUCCGUGCUACGGUAAUGCACGUGGAUCGCGGUAAAAACCUAAGCAAAAUCGAGCUUUUGCGGCUUGCUCUAGGUCGCGACCGAAAGAGGCUAGAUUGGCUUCAAGCAACAGCCUCGAUAAGUACCGAAAAAAUUGAGUCCACCAUCAUCGCAUGCCCCGACUAUCUGUACAGUGAGUACUUAGUAGAACUAUCCAUCGGGACUCCACCUCAACCCUUCCGGGCCCUUAUGUCCACCGGCAGCGACCUCACAUGGAUCCAAUGCACGUCCUGUAAGAAGAAGUGCCCCCAGAAGUCGGCCAACUUCUUCAACCCGAAAAAAUCCAAUUCAUACAAAGUGUUGGAAUGCCCGAGCAAAGGACAAAGACACGACAAAUGCACGUACAAUGUGGUGUACGCUGACGACAGCUGGUCCAUCGGGCAGCUUGCCACCGAGACCUUCCAAUUCGAGGAAGACUCGGACCCGGUCCCUAAGCUCGUGUUCGGGUGCAGUCUCAACAACAGUGGGGACCUCUUCAGUGGCUCGGGGGUCCUGGCCCUGGGACCCACGAGCCACUCCUUCGUCUCGCAGCUCGGCGUAACCGAAUUCUCCUACUGCAUGCCACCACCCGGCUUGAACGAGGAGGGCGUGCUCGAGAUGGGGCCCAAGGCUGGGGCCUGCGCCCGUGCAGACAUCCGCACCCCCACGACCCGACUCAUAGUGAACAUGUCCGACCCGGCCCAACCGUUCUAUUGGAUCCCGUUCGAGGGGGUUGCUGUGGGCGGAGCGGACUUGGUGCGGGUCGACGGGUCGGGCCCCUCGAUCAUCAGCACGGGGACCACGCUAACGCUCCUCGAGAGGGGCGCGUUCGAGGACGUGAAACGGCAGUUCGCCCAGAAGAUCAAUCUCAAGCUCGCCAACGGGAGCAAAAUCGACCCGGGUCUCGAGCUAUGCUUUGAUGUACGAGGCCUCCGGAAGAUAAAGGUCCCGACGGUGGUGCUGAAGUUCGAGGGGGCCAAAGUGAAGUUGCCGAAGGAGAGCUACUUCGUGGUGGACAGUGGGGUCGGGUGCUUGGCCAUGGGGGCCGCCGAGGAGGGUGGGCCCACCAUCUUGGGCAAUUUUCAGCAGCAAAAUAUGUUGGUGGCUUAUGACAUAGCUAACGGGACGAUUUCCUUUGUGCCCAAUACCCAAUGUGAUGACAUGUGA